AAGAGUCAUCCCAGUUGAGAGAUCGGCAAGGCAGACUGGGGUGCUUAUAACAAUCAAUCUCAUGGCUUGAAGGAAUAUUUAUUUCUCAUCUUUUCAUAACUCUUGGACUAUUUGUCUUACCACCACCAAAAUGCGCCCCAACUUGAUGCUGGCAGCCACUUUGGCUUCAACCAUCACAGCGCAAACUACAACACUCAAAGUCUUCCAAGCCGGCGUCAGAACGGAAUCCCUAGAUGCGUUGGAGGGCAGUGUCGUCAACGCCAACGCAGAUGCCACCACUUUCGCGAUGCAGUGCAAAAGCGAUGCACCCAAAGCAUCAUGCCAGCUGCAGUCUGCUGCCACCAUCACCCAAGGGCCAUCGACCUUCUAUAUGAGUGGCGUGUACUCCCUCAGCGCCAAAAACACGCAGGACAUCCAGACACUGAUCUUUGACUGCGUCCUCACCUCCUCGACCAAGGGUGGUUCAUGUUCGACUACGGUUAUCGACGAUAUCGCCAUCAGCACCAAGACGCUUUCUACGAGUACAUCGAGUCACUUCUCUUUUACGUCUGACCAGGUUCAUUAUCAACCUUUGACGGUUACGGCUGGUGUGGACAAGUUGAAUGCCCCCAAGGCUACUCAGGCGGACGAUGUUGCUGCGAAGAAUGCUGGGAUUUGAGGAGCAGCGGUGGCAGUGGUGG